AUGAGCAACCAGAAACAAAAAGAACCAACCUGGGGCAUCCUCAACGACUCCCAAGCCCGCACUCUCAUGCAAUGGUUCCAAGACUCCCACGCCGACUCCGUCCCACAAACCAACUACGACGUCGCCUUCAUGCGAAGCACAACCGUUCGAUCGGCAACAGUGCAGACCCCAACGACGCCAGCGAAAGCAGUCUUUCACUUCAAAGUGCCGCCGAACUAUAGUAAUCAACCUAUUGGCAAACAUCCCCAGACGACGCACGGUGGCGCUUUUGGAAUGUUUUUCGAUUUGCCGACGAGUUUGACGAUUAUCGGGUGUAAUUUUGCGGGAUGGGAGUCGACGGGCAUGACGAGGAGGUUGGAUGUUACGUUUUUGAGGCCGCCGGUGGAAGGUGAUGAUAUCCUGAUUGAGAGUGAAGUGAUUCAGAUUGGCAAGCGUUUGGCGGUCAUUAGAGGUGUGAUGAAGAGGGAGAAGGACGGCGUUAUGCUAGCGACCGCACAGCAUGACAAAUACCUUCCUCCGAUCCCGCACUACGUUCUCGAUAAGCCGUUACCCAAGCUGUAG